CGUGACGCGUAUGUUUGUGGGCGGAGUCUAACGGGAGGGGAAGGAGAACCGCUAGUGUCAUCGACCUGCAGCGCCUUCCUAUGCGGAUCCGUCUACUGUGGUAACGAACCAUCAACACCCGGAGGUUCCUUCUUGUUCUGUACUGAAACAACUCAGAAUGUCCAGAGAGCAGCAGGCGGUGGCUUGUGCCAGACGGGCCUUUGAAACAGGAAGGUCCCUGUGUUUGGAUCACCGCAUCCGCCAGCUGAAGAGCCUGAAGCGUCUAUUCACUGAGAGACAGAAGGAGAUUUCAGAUGCCCUCAUGAAGGACCUCAAUAAGAGUGUUGUGGGGACAGAGCUGUAUGAGACCCUGGGUCUGGAAUCGGAGAUCAACCUGACCGUCAGCAAGCUGAAGGAGUGGGCCGCCCCCCGACCUGUGGAGAAGAACCUGGUUACCAUCUCUGACACCAUCUACAUCAAGCCCGAGCCACUGGGAGUGGUGCUGAUCAUUGGCUCCUGGAACUAUCCGUGGGCCGUCACCAUCAAGCCUCUCAUCGGAGCCAUCGCUGCUGGAAACGCGGCUGUGAUCAAACCAUCUGAGGUCUGCGUUCACACUGCCAAGGUCAUGGAGGAUCUGCUGCCCCUCUAUAUUGACAAAGAGCUGUACCCUGUCGUGACAGGAGGAGUGGUCGAGACCCAGGAGCUGCUGCGUCAGCGCUUCGACCACAUUUUCUACACCGGGAACAGCCUGGUGGGAAAAGCCAUCAUGGAGGCUGCCUCCAAAUUCCUCACCCCCGUCACCCUGGAGCUGGGAGGAAAGAGCCCCUGCUACAUCGACAAGAACUGUGACCUCACCAUAGCCUGCAGACGCAUCACCUGGGGAAAAUACACCAACUGUGGUCAGACGUGCAUCGCUCCGGACUACGUCCUCUGUGACCCCAGCAUCCAGGAGCGAGUCAUUGAGGAGAUCAGGAAGGCCAUCAAGGAUUUCUACACUGAAAACCCCAAAACAUGCGCUGACUACGGACGCAUCAUUAACCAGCGACACUUCAAGAGGAUCAAGGCCAUGAUGGACGACAGCACCGUGGCACUAGGGGGCGACAACGACGAGGCCAACUGCUACAUCGCUCCCACGAUUCUCCGGGACGUGAAGCCGGAGGCCAAGGUGAUGCAGGAGGAGAUCUUUGGACCUCUGCUGCCCAUCCUGCCUGUCAGUGACCUGGACGAAGCCAUCAGGUUUAUCAAGAAGAGAGAGAAACCGCUGGCCCUCUACAUCUUCUCAUCUGAUAAUGAGGUGAUUCAGAAAAUGUUGUCGUCCACGUCCAGUGGAGCCAUGGUGGCCAACGACUGUCUGAUUCACUAUUCUGUCAGCAGUCUGCCCUUUGGAGGAGUGGGGAACAGUGGGAUGGGCUGCUACCACGGCAAGUUCACCUUCGACCAGCUGAGCCACCUGCGCAGCUGUCUGAUCAAGAAGCUGAAGAUGGAGGGCAUCAACAGCAUGAGGUAUCCACCUCACACGGCCAAGAAGCUCAGCAGGGCACGCUUCCUGCUCUCCAAGAACAUCGACCUGGGCUGGAUGGGUCGGAUGAUGCUCUUAGCCGUCCUGGGCGUAGUGGCCGCUUUUGUCCUGCAAGUGAGUUCAUCAGACGUCUUAUUAGCAUUAAAAGCAAAGAAAAUACACCACCAAGUGGUGAAAGUGUGAUGUUGUUUUCUAACU